CGAACUUGGUGGACCUCCAGAAGAAGCUCGAGGAGCUAGAACUCGACGAGCAGCAGAAGAAGCGGCUGGAAGCCUUUCUCACCCAGAAGGCCAAGGUCGGGGAGCUCAAGGAUGAUGAUUUCGAGAGGAUCUCGGAGCUGGGAGCCGGGAACGGCGGGGUGGUCACCAAGGUCCAGCACAGACCUUCGGGCCUCAUCAUGGCCAGAAAGCUGAUCCACCUGGAGAUCAAGCCGGCCAUCAGGGACCAGAUUGUCCACGAGCUGCAGGUGCUGCACGAGUGUAACUCGCCGUACAUCGUGGGCUUCUACGGGGCCUUCUACAGCGACGGCGAGAUCAGCAUCUGCAUGGAGCACAUGGAUGGCGGCUCCCUGGACCAGGUGUUGAAAGAAGCCAGGAGAAUCCCCGAGGAGAUCCUAGGGAAGGUCAGCAUCGCGGUUCUCCGGGGCUUGGCCUACCUCCGGGAGAAGCACCAGAUCAUGCACCGAGAUGUGAAGCCGUCCAACAUCCUCGUCAACUCCCGGGGCGAGAUCAAGCUGUGCGACUUCGGGGUGAGCGGGCAGCUCAUCGACUCCAUGGCCAACUCCUUCGUGGGCACCCGCUCCUACAUGUCUCCCGAGCGCCUGCAGGGCACCCACUACUCGGUGCAGUCGGACAUCUGGAGUAUGGGCCUGUCCCUGGUGGAGCUCUCCAUCGGGAGGUACCCCAUCCCCCCGCCAGACGCCAAGGAGCUGGAGGCCAUCUUUGGCCGGCCCGUGGUCGAUGGGGCGGAGGGAGAUCCGCACGGCGUCUCGCCACGGCCCAGACCCCCCGGGCGCCCCAUGAGUGGUCACGGGAUGGACAGCCGGCCCGCAAUGGCCAUCUUCGAGUUGCUGGACUACAUUGUGAACGAGCCUCCUCCCAAGCUGCCUCACGGCGCUUUCACGCAGGACUUCCAGGAGUUUGUAAAUAAAUGCCUCAUUAAGAACCCAGCAGAGCGCGCGGACCUGAAGAUGCUCAUGAGCCACGCCUUCAUCAAGCGCGCCGAGGUGGAAGAGGUGGACUUCGCCGGCUGGCUGUGUAAAACGCUGCGGCUGCGGCAGCCCAGCACACCCACGCGCAGCGCCGUGUGACGCGGGCCCUGUCCCCGCCCUCCCGCCGCCUCCCCACGG